AUGCUCCUUGUAGCGAAGAAAUACAAUGUGAGCUUCGCAGCAGUUAAACUUGACAACAGAACAAAGGAACUCUUACCCAUGUGGUACCACUUGGGCGCGACAAAGCGGCUGCGAACAUUGAACAACACUCCCCGUAGCGACUGCCUACGACGGAACCACGGCGCCUCCCGUGUCUUCGAUCUCCUUGCAGUCAUCCGACGUCCCUGCUACAUGCGGCUCCGGGAGUCAGGAAAUGACUAUGUACCGGGCAGCUGUGACUGCAAUCAAUGCGCGGCCGACGGUCGAGCCGGGUGUAAACAUCCCCUUAAGUGCUGCGGGGUGGCGUACACCCUCCUCAAACAGAUCCGCCCAAAAUGGGCACCCACACAGUCUUCACCGGCCGACGGCCUCUCCCUGACAAGGAGGAGGAAGGAAAAGAAUGACAAAGCUCUAGAAGAUGACGAGGUUAUCACCUUCGACCCGUCGUUGACGUGCCGCGGCCCGUUGGACGAAGCAUUCCGGGUCUUCGUUGACCCUACGGUCCACGACCAGCCCCCAGCUAUACGCCAACGGCGUGGACGCAUCGUAGAAGAUGAGGCCGUCACGGUCUAC